AUGUUUAAUUUUAGAAAAACAUAGAGCUUUCCUUUAGUUUAAUUACAAAAUUCUUAUAUUACUCUGAAUUCUUUAAAUGUUUCUUAAAACGGUAAUAAUAUAAAAUUGUUAAGUGCAUUAAGCUUAAAAAUUAACGAAUGCGAUUUCAUUUAAAAUUAAAGCUAAAAUGGAGGAGCAAUAUUUAUUUAUGGUUUAUUAGAAAAAUUUACUCUACAAAAAACAAGAAUUUUAUAAAAUCAAGCAUUUAGUAGUGGUGGUGGUAUAUACUUUGAAGAUAAUUUUUCUUAAGAAUGGUCAAUAGAUUAUGAAAGCUAAAUUAGUGGAAAUAAAGCUCUUAUUGGAGGUGGUAUUAGAAUAGUAAAUAAAUUAUCAAAAACUGAAUAUCCCAAUGGCUAUCCUUUUAUUUCAGUAAUUUAGAAAAAUACUGCAAGUAUUUAUGGUAAUAAUGCUUGUACUUUCCUGAAGAAUAUAUUAGUAGAAGAUAAUAAUGAAAGUAACUUAAAUCCAAAUGAAGAAAUAACAAAUAAAAUAACAUAAUAUUCAUUUAAUUUUUCUAAAUAUUACAACUAGAUAUAAUAUGGUUAGAUUUAGCUGAGUAAAUUUAACAGUGGAGGAAAUUUAUAAUUGAAAAUAUAUUUGCUUGAUGAAGAUAAUAGAAAACUAACAUUCGAAAAAGAGAUGAUCAGUUAAUCUAUUUAUCCAAGUGACAUAUUAGAUGAAUUAAAGUAUAUAAGUAUUUUUACUGAUUUAGGAUAAAAUAAGUAACUCUAGCUCACAGGAGAAAUUAUACUUAAUUAUAAUAUGUAUGAUGCAUCCUAAUCAUGCUUUUUAAUAAAUUAAUUAACAGUCUCUGGAUAAUCUUUAUCUUAAAGAUAGUUUUUAAUUAAAUUCCAACUAAAUUAAUACCAAUAAUAAGUAAUUUAAAUAUUGGUAGAUGUGUAAUUCAGAGACUGCCUAUUAGGUGAAAUUUCCUUAUCUCCCACUACUGGAAUUUAAAUUUGCUAUUUCUGCUCAGAAGGAAGUUAUUCGCUAGCUAAUCCAAGAUUGGAUAUAUAAAACACUAACUUACAAUGUCAAAAAUGUCCUGCAACUGCAGAUAGAUGUAUAGGUAAUUAAAUUUACCUUAAAAAUGGGUAUUGGAGAAUUGAUUAAACAACUGAUGAAAUCUUAACAUGUGACUCUAGCAUUAACUCUUGUCAAGCUUAAAACCCUUAAAGCAGUAUCUAAGGAUGCAUAGAAGGAUAUAUAGGCCCAUUGUGUGAAGAAUGUGAUAUUAAAUAGUAAGUUUGGAAAAGUAACAGUACUAGUGCUUUUAGCAAAUAUGUAUCUUCAUUUUACAGUAAAAAAUGCAUUUCAUCUUAAACUUUGAGAAUACUCAAUAAUGUUAUUAUUUAAGGAAAAUGCAUUUUUUACCUAUCUCAAAACAUUUGA